AUGAUAUUGACUAAACUCGCUGUUUACUUUAUAAGAAAUGUGGGUCUAGACACCUUCCGAUCAAAACCUAAAGCCAGGAUUUUGCGGUCGGUUUCGAUUUUUUUAGCAAUUACGGUACUUAUCAGCCUUACUUAUACCUACAGCAUUAUUCUUGACAAAUAUCCUAGGCGUGAAAUUAUCAAUGAGAUAAACCUGUUUGCUGCAGAUGAUAGCUUGGAUGUUGUCAAUUCCGAGGAUUUGAACUUGCAUCAGAGCAAAACCGUUAAUAGCGAUAUUAUUCAAUAUGUAAAGGAGUCAUCCGGGCUCUCUGCUACCAUUUUAAAGGAUAACUACAAAGAAACUUCAUUUUCCAUAUUCUUAUCUGAAGAAGACUCAGAAGAAUGCAGAUCCCUUAGAGUGGAUGAAACCAUAUCAUUUAAUAAAUAUUCACCAUUCAAAGAAGAUAUAGAUGAAGUCAUUAAGGUCUUACAACACCAACUAGUGAAUGACGAGGCAUUCAGAGACAUUGCACGUUUAUUUGAAGGCCAGAUUCCUUUGCUCAUCAAGGAAGGAACUGUCACCAACCAUUUCUUUCAACUAAUGGGAACAUCAGUAUGGUUAAAGGAGUACGAAGUCCAUCUCAUGGUUAGUCGAGUAUUGUAUACCAAAGGAAACAACCGGUCCAAAUCCAAAGUGUCAUUAUUGUAUGGACAGAUUUUUAAUAAGGAUUGGGAACAUAUGAACAAUUUCAAUUUGAAGGUUCCGUCUAGUUUUGGAGGGAAUAGAACAAUGAAUUUUCCUUCCUUUAUACCAAUUCCUUUCUUCUACUCAGAUAAAGGAAUGUUCUUUGGUCCUGAAGACGGCCGUUUACUCCUUGUGCAAAAUGAAUAUGGGUUUGAGGAACCAGUUCUUAUUUUCAAUUCCAUAACCAUAUUGACAAGCAUCAAUGAUGAAGGAAGAAAAAAAGAACAAGGUCUCAGGGCUAUGUUCAUCGCUUGGUUAUUCCAAACUCAAACCGGGAAAGUGAAUACAGAUGGAAAUAAUGAUGCAAGAUUUGACAAUAUAACUUAUGUUAAAGUACGACGGCUAAGUAUCACGGGUGAAAAUCAACCUAGAAGGGAAAAGAAUUGGACUCCAUUUGUUGAUCCUCGUGAACGAAAUCCACUGGACCGUAAUCUUUAUCUUGUUUAUGAUUGGAAUAAUUUGCAAGUCCUCAAAUGCCAAUUAUCCGACCUCACUCUGGACUAUAUUAGUCGUUGUGAACGUUACUAUGCUCAAUCAAAACAAUCAAGGAUUGGUCCAAUACGGGGAGGCACAGAAUUGAUUCCCCUCAGUACUGUUUUUGAAACUAGAAGUCAAGCUUGGGUGGGAUUUGUAAGAUCACACUUUGUUCGUUGUGGUUGUGCUAAGGCAUGGUACCGUCCACAUUUUGUGCUUCUUCAACGAAAUGAAGACAAGUUUAGAGUCACACAUAUGUCAGCUCCAAUAUCUUUUAAUAUUCCUGCUAAACCUUUAGAUGGAAGUGUUAGGGCAUGUGGCGAAAAAGAUGCCAAUGUUUUAAUGGCUAAUGGGAUUUCACAUUGGAAAGUCGAUAGUGAAACAGGGAGCGAUUAUUUAACAUUGACUUUCAGUGCUGAUGAUAAAGGUAAUAUUCUUCUCCAUGUUAAAGAUUUUGGAAAGAUCAUUGAAAGGCUAGAUUUAGAAGUUGCUUGGGACACACCAAUAAAUAGAAUGAGAGAGUGUGUUGUCAAAGAUUCAAAAGACAUUUGCGAAGCAGAUGGGAUUGAAAUGAAAAGAUUGGGAAUAUAUUAA